AUGAUGUCACCUGACUUCCUGGCCCAUGCUUGCCGCUCAGGCCGGGUGAGUUUCGAGGAGGUGGCCAUUUGUUUCUUGGAGGAGGAAUGGGCGCUGCUGGAUCAAGGCCAGCGAGCUCUGUACAGAGAAGUCAUGAUGGAGAACUACGAAAACGUGGCCGCUCUGGGAUUUUGGAUUCCCAAACCAGAUCUCAUCUCUUGGCUGGAAGGAGGAGAAGAUGCGUUCAUCCAUGAUUCCAAGGAAAUAGAAAAUUUUGCAGACGAUGCAAUUGUGAGUGAGAUCAAAGAGGAGGAUCUGAAACUAGAAAUCUUUAGGCCAGAAGAAUCAUCGGAGAUUUUCCCAGGAGGAUUUCAAGAGGGUGUUCCCUUGCCAGCUCUGCAGCACUGUGAGAGUGAGUGGCCCAUUCUGGAGCGGGGCCACAGUGUCACAUGA